GCAGCUCGAGCCUGUGGCGAAGCUGCAAAAACGCCAGCAAGCGCGACCAGUGGUGGUGUAGUGACGCUCGCCGCAGCGAGAGCACACACAUUACUCGCACUGCAACCGCAACAGCGCUUGGCAACCACACAACACACCGCUCGCUCUCACAAGCACAUUGCUGCUCUCCAAAAGAUAAAUCACAGCAAAAGAUGCCGACCGUCACGUUAGACCGCGACCACCUCUACGAGAGACUAGGAAAGACCUACACGCAGGAGGAGUUCGAGUUACUUUGUUUCGAGUUCGGCGUCGAGCUCGACGACGUGACGAGCGCGUACCAGAGGGCCAAGGACAUGAACAAGAAUUUGACCGCGAAAGAGCUCGAGAAGUACGAUCAAAGUGUGGAGUACGCCAUCGACGUGCCGGCCAAUAGAUACGAUUUACUUUGUAUGGAAGGCAUGGCGCGCGCUUUGCGCAUUUUUCUGGGGCUGGAGAAGACGCCGUCGUUUACGCUGGUCGAGCCUGCUAAGCGAUUAAAAAUGACCGUGGAAAGUGAUAGCACGGAUGCCAUCAGGCCGUUCUGCGUCUGUGCCGUUCUCCGAGGCGUUUCCUUUGAAGAUCCGCGCGUGUACAACUCCUUCAUCGAUUUACAAGAUAAGUUACAUCAAAACAUCUGUCGAAGACGGACGUUAGUGGCCAUCGGGACCCACGACUUGGAUACUCUACAACCUCAGUUCACUUACCGAGCGGAACCGAGGGAUUCGAUCGAUUUCGUACCACUCACGGAAACGGAGAAGUCCUGGACCGGUCGCAAGCUCCUAGACCACUACCGCACGGCACCAGAAUGCAAACAUUUAAAGCCCUAUACGGGUAUCAUAUAUGAUUCUCCGAACUACCCCGUGAUCCGCGAUUCUACCGGACAAGUACUGUCGCUCCCACCAAUCAUCAACGGCCGGCACUCGAGGAUCCAGCCUUCGACGAAGAAUGUCUUCAUUGAGUGCACGGCGACCGAUGAAACCAAAGCUAAUGUGGUUUGUAGCACCGUCGUAGCCAUGUUCGCCGAGUACUGUGGGUUUAGAGUAGAACCGGUCGACGUCGAGUACGUCAAGAACGGUGUCAUCACGAGGACGGAGACGACUCCAGUAUUAGCAGCGAGGACGAUGACCGCGCCUUUACGAGAUGUCCGAGGUGUUGUUGGAUUAACAGAUAAUGAGUUGACACCCGAAGCUGCGUGUCAACUGGCGGAGAAGAUGCAGCUCGCUCCAGCGAGGUACGAUGCGACCAAGGACGAAGUGUCUGUCUCCGUCCCGGUGACGCGGUCUGAUAUUUUACAUGCAGUAGACGUCGCCGAAGACAUCGGAAUUGCGUACGGCUACAACAACAUCCCCGAGACGUUGCCACGUACGACUACGACGGGACGACCGACACGAUUGAAUGGGUUUAGUGACUUACUGAGAGAUGAGGUCGCGCGAGCCGGUUACGUCGAAGUACUGACCCAUGGCCUCUGUCGGUUAGACGAGCAAUUCGACAAGCUACGACACGACGACGGCAAGGAGAAGGCCGUGGUCCUGUCCAACCCGGCUUCCGAGGAGUUCGAGAUCGUCCGCACUUCGUUACUGGUGGGUGCUCUCAAAACCCUCGAAUGCGCCAAGGCGCACUCCGUCAAGGAAGGCCUGAAGCUGUUUGAAGUGAAUGAUGUGGUCCACCGUGAUGAUAAUGAAGAUGUCGGGGCUCUCAAUAGAAGGCAUCUCGUUGCUACUUAUACGGGCAUGACGGCCGGGUUCGAGGUCAUUCAUGGGUUAGUGGAUCGGGUCAUGACGUGUGCUCAAAUAGCACCUACUAAAGCAUAUGCGGGGAAUUCCUUGAAGGGCUACACGGGUAGCUCUGGAAGUAGGAUGUACUCCGUCGAACCUAUUGACGACCCUACGUACUUCCCCGGGCGGUGUGCGCGCGUGAUGAUUGAAGAAUCAGGUUCGAAGACAUCUGUCGGUAUUUUCGGCGUCGUCCAUCCUGAAGUAUUGAAGAACUUUGGCGUGGCGAACCCGACGUCGGCGCUAGAGCUGGACGUCGAGGCGCUCGCGGCGGCGUCGUCGGUGCCGCCGUGCGGCUGCUAGCUAGCUAGUAAUAAAACAUAUAC